AUGAUUGAUAAAAUACCGAUAAACAAGCCGAACUUUCUAGAAAUAGAUGUGGUAGACAUUUCAAGAAUAGGCCAUAACACAGCAGGCAGCCUCUUCAGGAGAAUCAAAACAGAACUUGUGGGACAAAUAUUUUACAGCAAGAGUGACACGUUCAGGAAGGUUCCUUUGAGAUUGUUAGGAUACGGCUACGCGGUUGCAGAAGCUCUCCGGUCCCGGGUCAACAAUGACCAGGAAAGCAACCCGUUUUGUAUGCUGGCCGGAGGGUUUAUCAUUUGUCAUUGCCUGGACCGCAUGCUGGCUGUGGCAGAGGAGUCAGAUGGAUGGGGACGCAGGUCCAAACAAAACCGACCCACUGACAUGCUGAUAGCCUUCUGCGACACGUUUGUUUGGGAAGCCCUAGCAUCCGUUACCAUCCCGACGUUCCUGACUUACUGUGCCGUCAGGAUGACAGACAUCCUUCUGGAGAUCUUGUGCACGGAAUGCCAGACAAUUCGCAAGUGGCUGCCUGUAAUGGUGGGAAUCGCUAUUAUUCCCCUGUUUAUGGUCACCGUGGAUAACUUUGUGGACAGGUUAAUGGAUGACACAAUCCGGGAAAUCUACGCGCCGUCUUUUACUAGACUAGCCAUUUAA